AGUUGACCGUUGUUCCUUAUCCACAAAAGAAUACUUGUUUUAAUAUACCGAUAUAAAUAAGAUUUUUUACCGGUCUUUAGCAGGCUUCUUUCUAAUAGUGCUGGACAUUGUACAACCGUGACCUUGACAUAUAUAUAAAAUUGUAUAGAUCCACCAUGACAGCCUGUCGUAUUGCUGCAGUUGUAGUGUUGGGAUGCGCGUUCCUUCAAGGGUCAACGGCACGUAGCGCUAACCUCCGCACCGUCAACGUCGACACACACUUUUCCACAUGGCAAAGAACAACGCCGAUUCCUUAUUGCCUCGAUGCGUCCUUCUUGGCUGCGGAGACAACCGCGUUCAACACGGCCCUCGCCAACAUUACCGCUACAAUCGGCAGCUGCAUGACCUGGACGGCCGUACCCUGCACUUCCACAACAUUUAAGAUCCGUUUCCUACCCUUAACCGAUGGUACGACUCCAUCCUACGCGUAUCCAGGAAAGAAUUUGGCUCUGUCGAAUUACACACAGUCGCAAGUGUACGAACAGAUUGUCGGACUGCAGCGUUCCGAUAGUACACUGUGUUCCACGGAUUACCGGUGUAUCAUGAAAUGGAUGGCGAUUUCCCUGAGCAAGCGUAUGGAGCACGAACGUGGGGAUCGCAGCACGUACAUUGCCGUACUAACAAACAACUUGCGCGUUGCAGCAGCUUACAACGUGUACUCAACAACAGAUGCCUACUGGAACUUAUACCCGUAUGACUACUGCAGUAUUACGCAUAACCGAGAUACCGACUACGCCCAACCCGGCACCAAGGCAUUCACCGUCCUCCAGGCCCCCUACUGUAUUCCCAGGAUGGCGACGAUUAGCAAAUUCGAUUGCUACUACAUUACCCGCAAUUACCAAUGCGCGACAACCGUCUGCGACGCUCUUCCCGACUGUGCAACCCAGACCUGCCCAUCCACGACAACCACAUCCGCCACAACACCAACCACACCUACAACGCCCGCCACCCCAACCACGCCUACCACGCCUACAACUACGCCCGCCAGCACCACCACGGGUUCCACAACCACUUCCACAUCUACCACGUCGACCACCACUACCCCAACAACGACCACCACCACCACCACCACGACCACGCCUACAACAACAACUACCACCACGACCACCACCACCGCGCCCGUAUGCAUCGACUUUUGCCUGGACACGACCAAUAUCGACGAAGCGUCCAGGCUAUAUAAUGGAAACUAUUACAUGUUCUCCGGCAACUGCAUGGUACAAAUUGAUACGAGCAACAGAUUGAUCGGCCGUUCGGUGCAGAUCAACACGCUCCUUCCGGGCAUCACCGGACCGGUGAGGUCAGUGUGGACGGAUAAGUAUGGAACCACGUUCGUGAUCACCGGCACGGCGCAAUACCAAUGCCUCGGCACUCCCGUCAACUGCAUCACCCUCCCGAUUGUGGACACGCCCUUUGCUCGUACGGAUUUCCUAGGGACAACCUUCAGUUUGACCUCGGCAACCCCGACCUCUAACUACCAGAAUGAUGGGACGUCGGCCGUGGUUCCCAUCACCCUUGGUGUUAAUUGCCAAUACACUGGUGUAUGUGGAGUGGAUCCACAGACAUGGAGUGCCAUGUACACGCUUGCUAUUACACCCCAAUUUGGCAUAAUGUACGUCAUCGGGAAGAGUCCGGCCACGCCGGGUCCGGUGCAGCGCGCCAUGAUGACCUUAAUGCAAGCGGAUAUAAUAACUCCAAUGAAUGCCGGCGCUGGUACCAGCAAUAACCUGGCGACGGUCGGCAAUGAUGGUGUCGCGCUUAGUAGCGUCCUGGGCUGUCCUAAUGCGGGGGCAGGAUAAACUGUUUUACGUCAUCACCGUCACCACUCUGAAAGCUCUAAUGCCGCUGUGUUGAAAUGGAGAAACCCCUGUUUGGUGGUGUGUUCGGCUUUGAGCCGGCUGGCUGUACAUACGUAUUACUUUGUUAUGACAUUGUUUGCUGGAGUGCGGUUUGCACCAGCAUGUGGAAUAAGA